AUGGGUCGCCCGGAACUGGAAGCAGCCGGCUUCUCUCUGGUCAAGCUGGGCAGCCUAGUGGCCAUUAUCAGCUGUGGCCUGCCCUUUUGGCGUGUGAUGAGAUUUUCUGAAGAGACCAGCAUUUGGGAGGGCAUGUGGGUCCUGUGUGAGGCUAACGGACUCAAGAACCUGAAAUGCAUGCCAUACACUUCACACCUGGAACUGCCACAGGACCUACAGGUGUCUCGAGUUCUGGUGGUCAUCUGCAUCAUCAUCUCCUACCUGUGUUUGCUGCUGUACAUGAUCGGGGAUGAACGCAUGUCAUGUGUGUCAAAUGUGAAUGAUGCAAAAAAGAUCAAGAUGGCGGCAAGUGGGUUGUUCCUGGGGGCUGGUCUGCUGCUGCUGGUGUCUGCAUCCUGGGUCACACACAAUGUCAUCCUUGGCAUCACCAACCCUCAAAUGGUCUUCCCAUGGAAACCAGAGAUGGGAGCCUCACUCUACCUGGGCUGGCUCAGCUCCCUGCUGCUUCUGCUGGGAGGGGCCCUUCUGGGUGGGGCCCACCUCAGGUGUCAGGGCCCAAGUAACAAUGACCAGCCCAGUGUCUUUGAGGGCUUCAACAAUGAACAACCCAGUGAUUUUGAGGGCUCCAACAAUGACCAGUCCAGUGUCUUUGAGGGCUUCAACAAUGACCAAGCCAGUGCUUUGAGGGCUCCAGGGAAGAGCCCUCCUCCCAUGUCCAUUAGGAGAGGGCUCACUAUUGACAUGGUGAAACUCCAUCCUCAGCCCUACGAACCCUGCAGCUGA